AUGAAGUCCAUUAGCUUCUUUCCCCUGUUCCUUCUUAUCCUGGGAACUCUGGCAUAUUGGACCGUGGAAGGCGCUGGACAUUCUUGGAAAGCAGGAGCCUGCCCUCCUAGAAGACUUGGCAAGUGCAUUCGAAACGAGAAACCUAGGUGCAACAGUGACUGGCAGUGCCCAGGAAACCAGAAAUGCUGUCAAGACACUUGUGUUGUCCGUUGCAUGGACUCUACUGAACUCCCCAGACAAGCCAGGGAAAAGCCUGGGAAGUGUCCACAAGUAUUUGGAGAGUGCAUGAUGCUUAAUCCACCCAACCACUGUGAGACUGAUGGUGAAUGUGACAACAAUUACAAGUGCUGCAAGGGCAUGUGUGGGAAAGCCUGUGUCAAACCCCUCAGAGAUAUAGUUGCUUGCAACCAGAAUUGGCUUUUUGAGAGGGCCCCAGCUCAGAAACUGUUCUUGGCCCAUGUCUCCACUCAGCAGCUGCAGGACACAUCCAACACCUCCCUCACUGGCCUCAACGGGCAGAUCACCUUAUUAGCUGAAGCAGUAAUUCAAAUUAUACCCACUUUAGAUUUAAUCACAGCAGAAUAG